AUGCGGUGGCCGGCGAAUAACGCCGGUCUGGCCAUAGCCGCCAUGUCCUACAUCGCCAUCGACUACCUCCGCCACCUGUCCCCGACGUGGCACUCUUGGCUGCAACCGGCGCUGUGGUCCCUCCUCGCCCUCGCAGCUGUGGCCCGCGUCCCCUCCUACCGUCACUGGUCCGCCGAGUUCCGUUCGGCUAUUCCGUUCCUCGCCUCCAUGCUCUUCAUGCUCGCCGCUCUACUCUUCGAAGCCCUCUCCGUUCGCUCCGUCACCGCCGUCCUCGGCCUCGACUGGCACCGGAAUACACCUCCUCUUCCAGAUACGGGUCAAUGGUUUCUCUUGGCAUUAAAUGAGAAACUUCCUAGUCCGAUUGUUGAGAUAUUAAGAGCUCGUAUAAUUGGACUGCACCAUUUCUUGAUGUUGUUUAUGAUGCUGGCGUUCUCUGUGCUAUUUGAUUCUGUAAAAGCCCCGGGCUUCGGAUUAGGUGCUAGGUACAUGUUUACCAUGGCAAUUGGCCGUCUUCUUCGUGCCAUAACUUUUGCAUCUACAAUUCUGCCAUCAGCCCGUCCUUGGUGUGCUGCAUCUCGGUUCAGAGUUCCGGGGUACCCUCAUCCUUGGGCCCAGAAGUAUUAUGUUCCCUAUGCUACAGAUGAUGAUGCUAUCAGCCGAUUGAUAAAGCUAGAUACAGCUUACGUUGACAUUGGAAAACCAGUUCGCGACUACCAGCCAGAUUGGGGUUCAAUGAGCUUUCUAAUUGAUUUUCUGCGACCCACUGUCACUGAAGGACCUUCAUGGUACAGUCUGUUAAAGAAAGCUGGAGGUGGCUGCAAUGACCUCUUAUACAGUGGCCACAUGCUUGUUGCCGUACUUACAGCCAUGGCUUGGACGGAAGCGUAUGGAGGUUUCAGUUCUGCUCUUGUAUGGUUUCUUGUGCUGCAUAGUGCCCAAAGAGAAAUACGAGAGCGACAUCAUUACACUGUAGACUGCAUUGUAGCCAUUUAUGUGGGGAUCCUCUUGUGGAAGAUGACAGGUUUUAUUUGGUCACAUGAAGCUACGUCAAGUAAGAGAAGUCUGACUAAGCUUGAGCAGAUUCAAAGCAGACUAAUCCAAGCUUCAAAAGACUCGGACAUUGACAAAGUGAGGGCGCUUCUCAAAGAGAUCGAGUUAAGCAGUGAAGAAAGCAAGAAUUCAUUUGUAAAUAAAUAUGCAGGGUUGUUUCGUAGUGCCACCAUUGUCUUUGCACUGAUCAUUGUUAUGCUGGCUUUCAUAUUGACAAGUGAUGGAUAA